AUGUUGCACAGCCACCGAUUUCGUCGGAAAUUCCUUCAAGAGGGCACUGCAUGCUCUGGUAGGCCCUCGGCCUGCCUGACCAGCCCGUGAGCUAGUUGAGCAUCAGUAAGUUAAUCCAGCCCGUGAGGCCACUGCUCUGCUCCUGUGAAUGCUGCUAAGCCCACGACUUAAACACCCACACUAAUCUAACCCACGUCGCUCUGCUCCGCCUAUAUAAACCACACCAGCCCAGCCCAUUCUCUGCAUCUUACUUGUGUCCAUUCUCCUCCAUUCGCUUCGCUAGCUUUACACACAGCCCCCCGGUAGCAGGCUAGCAGAAAGCAGAUCGAUGUUGCUCUCUGGUCGCAUGGCCGCAUCCGCCCUCCUCCUGCUCGUCCUCCUCGUCGCCACAGAGAUGGGGACGCCGACGAGGAAGGUGGCGGAGGCGCGGGACUGCCUGUCCAAGAGCCACAAGUUCAAGGGCGCGUGCCUCAGCAGCAGCAACUGCGCCAGCAUCUGCCGCACCGAGAACUUCCCCGGCGGCGAGUGCAAGCUCGACUCCUUCGCGCGCAAGUGCUUCUGCAAGAGGGUCUGCUAGCCGUGCUCGCUCGGCCCGGCCGGCGCCGCGAGGUCCGAUGCUAGCUACGGUAGUACGGUUGCUAGAUCAUCUUCGUCAGUCAGUGUACUUGUUCACGUUUGUCAGUACUUGUUCUUGUGUGUCCCGUAAUAAAGUAGAGAAUCAAUCGGGGUCUCGAUGGUCUAGUUGGCAGUAUAAGCCGUGCUUUUCUUUUGCUGCUUUGUGUCAUUGUAUGUGUUGUAAUGUGACAAGGUCGUUGUUUCAGCA